AUGGCGGGCGUCUCUCGAUCCGAACAUGAGGAAUUUCAGAAAGUUUUGAGUAUUAUGGGAGACGAAACCACUUGUCCUGUCUGUUUAGAAGAAUUUCAGGAACCAAAAUGUCUUCCAAGCUGUGCACAUAACGUUUGUGAGCGGUGUUUGCAGAACAUGGUUCGUAGAAACAGUAUUACGAUUUCAUGUCCUCAGUGUCGAGAAGAAUCGUUUCUUCCCCCCCUAGGGGUGUCGGCCUUCCCCACAAACCAUCUUUUGCUGCGUCUGAUCGAUAACACUCCCGCAAGGAAAGAGAAAAAAGCUGUUACUGAAGCCUUGAGAUUUUGUAAAGAGCGGGUAGAGGCAGCAGAAAAAGCAGUCAAGGAUAUGGAAGAUUGUUACGAUAAAGCGACCGAGCAGAGCCAAGCUAUGAUAUGUGAGAUCAACACAAUGGCUGAUAAUAUUAUUCAGUUGAUAAAUGAUAAAAGGAAAAUUCUGCUUUCUCAGCUCGACGAUUUUAUGACUGAAAACUACGACACUGACUCCCUUCGAAAACAGAGGGAAGACAUGAUCGAUUUAUUUCAAAAAGCGAGAAGCUCCAUCCAGCAAGCAAAUGAAAUUCUCAGUGGGGAUGACAUUGAAAAAAUUUUAAAGUUCGGAGAUGUGUUAGAGGAGCAGUUAAAAGAAAUAAGCUCAACUUUGGAUACAAGAACUCUUGAAGCUAGGAAGCUAUCUAGCCAAGCAGAAAUAUACUACAACCAUUUUCAGGUGUUAGAAUUACAUGAGAAAUGCGAUGAAAUGCUCGGGACAUUGACAAUGUCUGUUACAAAAUACAUCCACGCUGGAGCCAGUGCUGGAUUGAUUGACUAUGGCACUUGCGGAGAAGUAACAAAGACGAUCGAAACUGAAUUCUUUACUUUUGCCUUUGCGGUGUCCAGUGUAUCAGGUGAGAUUGCGGCACUCGAUGAAGAGGAAAGGCAUGUACAUGUCUUCUCUUCACAAUUAGACUACCUUACAUCAUUCCGCAUUAGAUACGGUGACUUGUGGGACAUAACAUUUUCCAAAGAUGAAGAAAUAAUUGUUGUGAACCGAGAAUGUAAUCGCCUUCUUCACUACGACAAAGAAGGUACAUUUAUCAAAAAAUAUGUCAAAGCACCAAAUGACUCUGUGAAGUUUACAAGGAUUUCAACAGAUGGUAGUGGCCGCCUGUUGGUGACCUCAAGUCCUCGAGACUGCUGCGAUGAGCCUGAAGAUGAAGUACAAUCUUGUAUUCUGGUCUACAGCCCUGAUAGAAGAUUUCUAUUUAGUUUUGGCAAAGAUAAACUGGCUUGCCCUCAAGAUGUUGUUUAUCACCAAGGGAAGUUCUUUGUGACUGAUGGUGAUCUUGAAUGCAUCAUGGUCUUUGACAGUAAUGGUAAAUUUCUCCUUGAUUUUGGAAACAGGGAUCUCUUAGACCCAGUUGGCAUAACUGCUGAUGUAAUCAACAAUGUAAUUCUAGUUUGUGACUGUAGUGGUAAUUCAAUUGUGGCCUUUAAACCAGAUGGGGAAAUGAUUUCAAGAAUUGAAACUGCUGAAGAGCCAGCACAUGUUGUGCUUUCUGCUUGUGGGGCAAGCUUAGUGGUGUGCUUUAAUAAAUCCCUUUUUUUCCAAAUUCUUUCUCACCAAAAGAAUGAGCAAACUGCAUAG